UGGAGCCCUCUGCCGGGGCGGGGGGCGCGCGGGCUCCGCGGGGCUGGCAGGUGUGCUGCGCGUGCACCUGGCGAGCGAUGGCGCCGGCCGUGGGCGCGCCGGGGUAGCGCGGGCUAGGUGGCGGCGCCCGGCCGGGGCAGCAAUGGAGCUCCUUCGGCUGCUGCUCCUGGCUGUGUUGGCGUCGGAACCGGCGGCGGCCGGCGGAGCCGAGACCGUCGGGAACUCCAGCGAGGGUCUUCUUGAAUUUUCUGUGGGGAAAUUUAGAUACUUGGAGCUCAAGAAGCCCUUUCCAGAGGAAGCUAUUUUGCGUCAUAUUUCCAGCAAUGUCACUUUUCUUAUUUUCCAAAUACAUUCACAGUAUCAGAAUACAACAGUUUCUUUUUCUGAGACUCUCCUUCCCAAUGCCUCGGGAACAGGCACUGACAAAGGACUGGUUUUCAUUCUUAGACCAGAGCAGAGUAUAUGCACUUGGCACUUGGAGACUUCAGACCCUGAGCCUGUCCAAAAUGUGGCCAUUCCACUCUCCUACUCGGAAAGCGAUCCUAUCCCUGGUGGUUGUAAUUUGGAGUUUGAUUUAGACAUCGAUUCCAACAUUUACCUGGAGUAUAAUUUCUUUGAAACAACUAUCAAAUUUGCUCCAGCAAACCUAGGUCACGCGAGAGGCACAGAUGCUCCGCCGUGUGACGUCAAGACGGGCCAGGACUCCAGGUGGAGGUUACGGUAUGACGUCUAUCAGUAUUUUUUGCCGGAGAACGACCUCACUGAAGAGGCAUUGCUAAGGCACCUGCAGAGGAUGGCCGAGGUGCCUCAGGUGCAGGCCAAUGCUGUCAAGGUGGUUACCCUAACAGCUGAUGAUAAGACAAGUGUUUCUUUCUCCUCCCUCCGGGGACAAGGUGUCAUUUACAACGUCAUCGUUAGGGAUCCAUUUCUAAAUACGUCUGCAGCUUACGUCCCUGCUCACACGUACGCUUGCAGCUUUGAGGCAGGGGAGGAUAAUUGUUCUUCCCUUGGAAGAGUAUCUACCAAAGUGUUCUUCACUCUGUUUGCCCUGCUUGGUCUCUUCAUCUGUUUCUUUGGACACAGAUUCUGGAAAACAGAACUAUUCUUUAUAGGCUUUAUCUUCAUGGGAUUCUUCUUUUAUAUACUGAUUACAAGACUGACACCUAUUAAGUAUGAUGUCCGCCUGGUUCUGACAGCCGUUGCCGGAAGUGUCGGUGGGAUUUUCUUGGUAGCUGCUUGGUGGCGAUUUGGAGUCCUUGUGGUCUGCAUGCUGUGUGUUGGACUAGUGCUGGGGCUCCUCGUCUCAUCAGUGACUUUCUUCACUCCACUGGUAUUACCGUUCUACCAGAGGUGCCGCCUAAACGCUUCUGCUCUUCCACAGCUGAACAUACUGAGUUGUGGAUUCAUCGGCUCCUAUUCGGUGGUCUUGGCCGUUGACAGUUACUUGUACACAAGCCUUUCCUACAUCACUUUGAACGUACUGAAGAGAGUGCUCCACAUGGAUUUCCGCAGAGCUUUCAUAAAUGUGCCUUUUCAAACGAAUGACUUUAUUAUCCUGGCAGUAUGGGGGAUGCUGGCUGUAAGUGGAAUUACGUUACAGAUUCGAAGAGAAAGAGGGCAACCGUUUUUCCCUCCCCACCCAUACAAGGUGUGGAAGCGAGAGCGUGAGCGCAGAGCGACAAACAUCCUGGACCCCAGCUACCACAUCCCUCCACUGAGAGAGAGGCUCUCCGGCCGAUUAGCCCAGAUCAAAGAGCUCUUUCAGAAGGAACAGCCAGCCGGAGAAAGAACGCCCCUGCUUCUGUAGAUGCGGAGCGCUUGGUCAGUGCAAUGUUGACGUACAACCCAGGUACCGCCUCAGAUUGGGUGUGGCAGCCUUGCUGCUUCAGCAGUCUCUGGGGCAAGUCUGCCAAGAAACCAGCUUCUGUGUCCGUGCUUUUGUACAGUGUUGUGGUCUCCUUAUUGAUACAGGGUAAGGGUAUACCAGGGAGAUGACAGUAAUUCUAAGUGAGAGGGAGAAAGAUGGCCAGAAAGUUGGUGGUAGGGCGGUUCUUCCUCAUUACGAAAUACUUAAGAAAUUACCUUUUGGUUUAUAAAUAUAUGUCAACUUAUUCCAUUAAAUAGAUACACUUAAAAAAAAAAAGGAACUUGAAAACAGUGGUUCUCCUGUAAAGCCGUGGUGUUGUUUUUUUUUUUUUUUUUAUUAACACCUUGAACAAUUCUGUCACCUGAGUCUGUCCAAACUCGGGGGCCAGGGCACGGAGGGUGGUUUGGUUUAAGGGUUGGACUGAACUUUUAUUUGUCACUGUGUUUGGAGCUUUGAGAAUUUGAAACUGGGCCUUUGAACUUCAGAGUACAAAACAGGGAAAACUAACUUAUUUUCUUACUAAUAGCAGUCUGAUUACUUAGUUGCAUCUUUCUUAGUAUCAUAUGUUAUCAAAAAGUACCCUUCUUUUGUUUAUGGUAAAAUACAUAUUUACCGUAUCGAUCAUUUUUUAAGUAUAUAGUUCAGUAGGUACCCCUCGUCUUUGCCUUUUAUUGCUUAAAAUGGUAAUUUAAAUAGCUAAAUUAUUCGAAUUAUUUGAAAGUAGGUCCAUUUAUAUAGAUAAUAGAGCUUUUAUAUGGAUGAUUUAUUUAUAUUCCAGAUUAAAAAAUGGCCUUUUUUUUUCUUUCAAGACCUUUUAAAAUAGUGUUGAUAGCCGAUCUCUAAUUGAAACCGCAUUCGAUGACAUAUGAAUUGUUUUAUUUUUAGGCGACAAAUUGGCUCCUAGCUUCAUCCAUAAUCCCAUUAACACGGAAACCUUUAAGAAAUUUGCAUUUUGUAGUUCUUUCUGCUAAAUUAGUUGUUAGAGCAUUGGCACAGUUUCAGAAAAUCUGUGCAUGAAGCCUUUGUUUGUCCUGUCUGUUGUAAAGCGCUGAGGAGGGCGUCAGAAAGGAUUCAGGUGUUUAAUAGAGCUGCUUUCAAUGACUUGGACUCUGUAAGGAGAGUCCCUUCAGUUGUGACUUUGUUCCACCACAAGAAAGCGCCCAACGCACUGGGCUGCAUCCCUUCUCCUCACGGCCUUUUAACUGUCAGAGCCUCUGCCGAGGAGGUUCUGCCUUGCGGUUCUGCCUUGCAUUUGGAGCUGGUGACUCUGACAUGCCUGAGUGGCCUUGAGGUCGGUUGUGGUGGUUGCAUUCCCAUUUGUAAGUUAACCGCUGUUUAAAUGAUGCUGCUUUUCAGAGGUUUUCAAUGGACAGUAGGUUUCUGAAGUUUCGGGUAACUGGAAAAUUUUCAACUUUCGCUCUUAAAAGUGUUCUGGUAAGGUUGAAACAUAAUGAAAAAAUGUUUGACUAAUCAUUUCUUGCAUUGAAAAAUUAUACACAGGUGUUUGUUUACUGUUUAUUUUGUAAUCUUCACUGUUUAUAUAACUUCCAAAACACUUAAACUUGAAGAAAAAAAUGUGUUUUUUUAAUAAUUCGCUGUAGGGAUUCUGGAUUCUGUAUUGUUGUAAAUUCUAACAAAGUUAUAUGGAAUUAUGUGUGAGUUUUUUCCUAUACCAUCAAAAUGCAGUGCCAGUAAAGAGUAUAAAGACAAAACACACUUUCUUGGAGGGGGGAGACAAAUUGUUUAAAAUUUUUCAUGAUAAUUUGUGAGUAAUAAGUCAGUUCGUAUAAUUUUUUAAUA